GCAUCCAGGCAGGCGUCGGGUAUCCCUGGGCUAGCUCCAACAGAUGACAAGGAUGGCAACCUGCCAGACAUCAUUGCCAGCAGAAGCCUGCAUGAGUUCUUGGUGAACCUUCAUGAGAAAUAUGGCCCGCUGGUCUCCUUCUGGUUUGGAAGGCGCCUUGUUGUCAGCCUUGGCUCCAUUGAUCUCCUGAAACAACAUGUGAACCCCAACCGCUCAUCGGAUCCCUUUGAGAUGAUGUUGAAAUCCUUCUUGAGGUACCAGUCCAGCCUGAAUGGGGAUACGGGGGAAAGCCACCUGAGAAGAAAGCUGUAUGAAAGUGCUGUGACAAAGUCCCUGCAAAGUAACUUAGCUCUCAUCCAAAAGUUGUCAGAAGAAUUGCUAGCCAAAUGGCUCUCCCUCCCUGAGGCUCAACAUGUACCACUCUGCCAGCAUAUGCUGGGCUUUGCCAUGAAGUCUGUUACACAGACAGCUAUGGGCAGCAGCUUUGAAGAUGACCAGGAAGUCAUUCGAUUCCGCAGGCACCAUGAUGCAAUCUGGUCAGAGAUUGGGAAAGGUUUCUUGGAUGGGUCCCUUGACAAAAACACAACUAGGAAGAAGCUGUAUGAAGAUGCUCUGAAAGAAAUGGAAUCUACCUUAAGGAAAGUCAUAAAGGAACGCCGAGGCAGAUCAUUCAACAGGCAUGUCUUUAUAGAUACCUUGCUACAGGGGAACCUUAGUGACCAGCAGAUUUUGGAAGAUACGAUGAUUUUCUCCUUGGCAGGAUGCAUUAUUACUGCUAAUUUGUGUACCUGGGCAGUCUAUUUCCUGACAACGUCAGAAGAUGUACAGCAGAAUCUCUGCAAGGAGGUGGACCAUAUUCUGGGGAAGGGACCAAUUACACAUGAGAAAAUCGAGCAACUCAGAUACUGUCGGCAAGUCCUAUGCGAGACAGUGCGGACAGCAAAGCUUACUCCCAUUGCUGCACAGCUGCAGGAGCUGGAAGGCAGAGUCGACCAACAUACUGUCCCCAAAGAGACACUUGUACUUUAUGCUCUUGGUGUGAUGUUGCAGGAUAGUUCAUCUUGGCCGUCACCAUACAAAUUUGACCCAGAGAGAUUCAAUGAGGAGUCAGCCAUGACAAACCUCUCCUUGUUGGGUUUUUCAGGAAGCCAGGAGUGCCCAGAGUUGAGGUUUGCCUAUAUGGUGGCUACAGUUCUGUUGAGUGUCCUGGUAAGAAAAUUGUACCUUCACCCAGUUAAAGGACAAGUCAUGGAGACCAAAUAUGAGCUGGUAACCUCACCGAAGGAGGAAGCCUGGAUAACGGUGUCUAAGAGAAGCUAAGAACAAGCAAACAAGGGUCUGAAAGUGCCAGCAGUGAAAUUCUGGGCAUCUGUCUUACAGGGAGUCAUGCUGGCAACACAGUGACUCAGCCAAGGAAUUUUAAAUGCAGAUUUUAUUACCUUCCAUAUUAUUAACUGCAUAGCCUUCUAGGAUAAUUUUUUCUAAUCCAACCAAUAGUUGUAUUAAAGUAGAUGUUAUCUGUAUGCUUUUUUACACUUUUUGCCCAAAGAAUUGCGAAGGAAGCAACAAAACCAAGCAGUGAUGUAUCUAUGAACUGUUCUGUGCCAGCUAAUCGAAGACUGGGCUUCUGGUUAGUCCAGCCCCCUCCUAACAGCAGGCAGAUCUCUGUAAGAGACUGUGCCUCAGGGCAUGCUUCUUCAUGGAUCACAAGUAGAUAAGACCUUGAAGGCACAAGGACAAAAUCUUUAUAUAUAGGUAUUUUUAUUCAAAGUGUCUUUCCCUCCCUCGAGCUAUAGCUGUAACUGUCAAGAAGAGCAGAUACAUCUUGUGGGAAGUAUGCGUGAGUGUGUGUGAGAGAAAAAGAAAGUGGGGUGGGAAUUGCACCAUCGGGUCUCAUGCUACAUAUGUAAUCUUCCUGUGCUGUAGGAUUGCAAGAGGAUGGAUGGCUGAAAAAUGCUAGUAAAUGAGGAGGAAUAAAAUUGGUUUGGCCCUUGAGAAAGCAGAAGCAUUAGUAAUAACAUAAUGAAAUGAAAUAAAACCACAGAACAAAGCCCUGGAAAAGGGAUUCUCCAUCCUGA